AUGUACAGAUGGUCAAACACAUUAGACGUUAGUAGGCCUGGUGAUUAUGGAGCCUAUCCUUCAAUAAGAGAACCCUCCUCCAUUAGAGCGGGAGAGGAUGAUGAGGAUGAGACAGAAACGCAGUCGCAGUUGCGACCUGCUGACGACCCGGAGACUGGGCCAGCGCCGGCGCCUGCAGCCCUGCCCGGCGAGCUCGACGAGUCAUCGGCGUCGCCCUCGCAGGCCAGCGCGGCGGCGCCCGCGCCCGGGCCGCCUGCCUCGCCCGCGCCCGCCUCGCCCGCGCCCCGCGACGAGCACGCGACCCGCGGGGCUCAGCCCGCCGACACACUAUCCUCCCGGGCAUCGGGUCUCGCUAUGUCGUUAAGAAACUUACCCAAAGUAGAUUAUAGAAAGUAUUUUUAG